AUGCCGGUGGUUGGCGUAGCCUCCAAGCUCAGGCAACCCUCCACAGUGGGCACGAAACCGGUGCACACGGCUCUCCCCAUCCCCAGCGCGGUCAGGGCGGCCGCCUCGCAGGGCUACAUGGCCCGACAGCAGGAGCUCAGGGCAGGUGAGGGCACCCCGGGGCUCUCCUGCCAGCUGUCAAUCAAGUCUGAUUACCAGCAGGAGAGGACGCCUGAAGGGAAGUCCAGAGCUGAGACGGAGGAAAGCAAGAUCUGCAAGAUUUACACAGACUGGGCCAAUCACUACCUGGCCAAGUCCGGCUGCCCGCGCCUCAUCAAGGACCUGAGUCAGGACAUCACGGAUGGAGUCCUGCUGGCACAGAUCAUCCAAAUCAUAGCGAAUGAGAAGGUGGAGGAUAUCAAUGGCAGCCCCAGGAGCCAGUCACAAAUGAUCGAAAAUGUGGACGCCUGCCUCAGUUUCCUGGACGCCAGAGGAGUGAAUGUACAAGGGCUCUCAGCAGAAGAGAUCAGGAAUGGCAACCUAAAGAGCAUCCUGGGCCUCUUCUUCAUCCUGUCGCGCUACAAGCAGCAGCAGCAACAGCAGCAGCAGUACUACCAGUCCCUGGUGGAGCUCAGCCAGCAGACCAGCAGCACCGCACCGUCCACCAGCAGCCACAAGACACAAGAGAUGCAGUCCAGUCUCACAGCACGAUAUGCAAGUCCUCCGGGCCACAGUGGAAUAGGGUCACCACAGAAGAAAAACACAAGGUUACCGGGGCCCUCCAGGGUACCUGCUGCAGGCAGCGGGGCCUCCAGGAGCCCAGGCUCAUCCAACCUCAACCGUCGCAGCCAGAGCUUCAACAGCAUCGACAAGAGCAAGCCUCUUCAAUAUGCCAGUGGCAACGACAGAGAAGCGGUGAGGGGCAUCCCAGUACCCGGUGGGAUGAACGGGAGCGGUAUGGGAGGGACAGUUCCCACCAGCCUCAGUGGGCAGCAGCUGGCCUCUGCCAUCCCCUCACCUACCGCCGGCAAGUCCUGGCGCAGCAAGUCCAUGAACCUCAAGCACAGCGCCACCUCGUCCAUGCUGGCAAGCCCGACGCACUCGCCCUCCACCACCCCUUCACCCCAGGCCCCGGAAGGACUUCAAACACACGGCAGCGAUGGAUCAAAAGUUGGGUCGGCUGUCGGCGGUGCACCCCAGAGGUCCAUGCUGGAGAAGUUCCGCCUGAUUAACCCCAGAUCGGCUUCGCGAGCGUCACCGUCUGUGGCCGAGAUGGCUCUGCAGGAGGAGGAUGACCUGUCAGAGUAUGGUGACGAUGGAUUGACGCCCACAAGCUCAGUGUGCAGCAGUGGCAGUAGCAGUGCUACGGCUAAGCAAAUACCUGCCAAGACCUCCGCUUCGUCCCUCGCUGCAUCUACCAAGACCUCCUCUUCGUCCCCCUCCUUUUCAAAAGCUUCUGCCAACGGCAGCAGGUCAAUGGCCUCGUCCAAAGACAAGGAGGACAAAAGCAAGUCUGGGAAAUCUUCUAAGGAUAGCUCUCCACCCAAAGAAGAGCGUGAGUCAUUUGCGGACUCCACCAAGAAGAACUCCAAAAUUGCCAGUCUCAUCCCCAAGGGAGGAAAGCCGUCAUCUGGGAAGAAAGAUGGAGGCACCUCCUCUGCUUCCACUGGCAUCCCUAAGCCAGGACUUAAGGCUCCCUCAACAUCAACAGCAAAGCCUCAGAAUCAGUCCCAGACCCAAAGUCAGGCCGCCUUAAACAGCAGUGGCAACAUGCGGGGAGGAGAGGGAGAGAGAGGCAAGCUGACAAAAGGAGGGCAGCAGGGCGGGAGUUUCUACAUACAGCGCUCCAUUGCUGGCCCAGAGGGAAAACGGACCAGCAUGACCUCUUCCACCAGCACCUCAGCCCUGUCUGGGUCCAGAGGAAGUGGAGGUGGAGGUGGAGGAGCGCUGGGAGGGAACGGAGUAGUUCAGCUUCCUCAGCAGCAGCAGCACAACCAUCCCAAUACUGCCACUGUGGCCCCCUUCAUGUACAGGACAUUCUCAGAAAAUGACUGCAGCAUGGUGGCCCCAGCCGACCCCUGCCUCAGCCCCACCAAGGGAGAGCUGGUCUACAGCAAGACAGCCAAACAGUGCCUGGAGGAGAUAUCAGGAGAAGACCCUGAGACGAGACGCAUGCGGACGGUGAAGAACAUCGCUGACCUGCGGCAGAACCUGGAAGAAACCAUGUCCAGUCUGCGGGGGACACAGAUCAGCCACAGUACGCUAGAAACAACCUUUGACACCACAGUAACCACUGAGGUCAAUGGGCGGAGUCUCCCAGCCCUCACCGCACGCUCCUCCCCCAUGGCCUGGCGUCUGGGCCCGACACAAACCCCGCGUCUCCAGGCAGGCGAUGCCCCCUCAAUGCCCAGCAGCUAUGCUGCGCCCAGGGCGAGCUCGACAAGCGCCGGCACCACCACAGGGCGCUACAGUGGGCAUUCGGACCCCACCAGGUUUGUGUACAGUGCCCCCCUGAGGCGAGCGGCAGCAGGGGCGAGGGGGGCGGAGCAGGGGGAGAAGGGAGGAGGAGGAGGAGGGCUGGAAGGAGGGAAGCAGAUGGAGGUGGCAGGGUACAUGAGUGAUGGGGACAUCCUAGGGAAGAACGGCCGGAUGGAUGAGCUCACCAGCGGAUACCUUACAGACGGCGGUCUCCAUCUGUAUGCACGGAACACGGGCCGAGCUUCAGACACGGCGUCUUCACGUGAAAUAUCCCAGAGAGGGAGCAAAGAGAUGCAGGGCGACAUAGACAGUUGGGACGACAGCAGCUCAGUGAGCAGCGGCCUGAGCGACACGUUGGACAACAUCAGCACAGAUGAUCUGAACACACCUGCCUACUCCGCUGUCAGCUCAUCACGCAAGAGCAAAGGAGCGCAGUCUCAGAGAGGAAGCAGGUCCAAGCAUGCAGAGCAGGAGGUGAGCAGCAGCUGGGCCGGAGCCGAGGACCUGAAGAAGGUAGAGGAGGAGCUGGAAGCGAGCAUGGACCCCAGCAGCGGCUCCUCCCGCUGGAAGCCUUCCUCAUCCUCCUCUUCCUCCCAAACCCAGGGCCAGUACGAGGAUGCCGGUCAGAAGGCCGCCGCACUGGCCCAGAUGUCCCAGACGGGAUCAUGGAGGAGGGGCAUGACAGCCCAGGUGGGCAUCACGCCACCCAGGACCAAGGGUAGCUCUGCCACCCUCAAAACACCAGGCAAAACCGAUGAUGCUAAGGCCUCAGAGAAGGGCAAGGCACCUUCCAAGAGUUCUGCUGGCAUCCAGCGCUCACCCUCAGAUGCUGGGAAGAGCAGUGGAGACGAGGGCAAGAAACCCCCGUCUGGCAUCGCACGCCCACCCACCACAGGCUCAUUUGGAUACAAGAAGAUCCCAGGUCCCACCGGCACCCUAAUCACCUCUAGCGGCGCGACGCUCGCCAGCGGCUCAGCCACCCUGGGCAAGGCGCCCAAAUCCUCAGCUGCCCUAGGCAAAGGCACAGGCAUCGGCGGUGUGCGGAAGACCAGUCUGGAUGGCUCGCAGCCCCAGGAUGACGGCAUCCUGCUCAGCUGCGGCAGCUCCAAAGUCACCCUGCAGUACCGCUCCCUACCCAGACCGGCCAAAUCCUCCAGUGGGGUGGCGGCAGGGCGCAGCGGGCAUCGCUCCAGCUCCAGCAGCAUUGACUCAAAUGUCAGUGGCAAGUCAGCCACACAAACGGGCACCAAACGCCGGGACGGAAAAGUGGGCUCAGACCGCUCCAGUCCCAUCACAAUAAACCAGACGGACAAGGAGAAAGUGGCGGUGUCAGACCAGGACCCAGCAGCGGGACUAUCCACGUCCCCCAAGUCCAGCCCCACCUCCACUACAACAGGCCAGUCAGGCCUCAGGCAGCCAGGCUCCAAGUACCCUGAUAUUGCCUCUCCUACCUUCCGCAGAUUGUUUGGCACCAAAGCCAGCAGCAAGGCCAGCUCUCCGGGCACGCCCGACUCUGGCAAGUGCCCCUCAUUACUGGGCAGCCCCCACGGCACGCUGGCAAGGCAGGCCAGUCUGGACUCGCCCUCCUCUGGCACGGGGAGCCUGGGCAGCGCUGGCGGCCUGAGUGGUGGCAGCAGCCCGCUGUACGGUAAAACCCCAGACUUGUGCACUGACUCCCCGGCCUCCAGCCCGGCCUCUGGCCUCUCCCUGCCCUCCAACGCUCGGCCCUGGCCUGCCUGUAGCUCGUCAGCUGGCAGCAAGGACACACUGAGCUGCCAAAGCAUGACCAGUCUGCACACCAGCUCAGAGUCCAUUGAUCUGCCGCUGGGCCACCACGGGCCAAAGGUUACACGAACCGGCAGUGUCAAGUCCACCCUGUCAGAGGGCAUGCCUCUUGACAGAAACACGCUUCCCAAAAAGGGACUGAGGUACCCUCCGUCCUCCCGGCAGACAUCCCACGAGGAAGGGAAGGAGUGGUUGAGGUCCCAUUCAACAGGGGGGCUUCAGGACACAGGCAGCCAGUCCCCACUGUCUCCUCCAGGAGCUUCCUGCACCACCACUGGAAAAUACCACUACUCCAACCUGCUGAGUCCCACGAACAUCAGCCAGUACAACCUGCCACCAGGCAGCAGCAGCAUGAGCCGCUCCAACAGCAUCCCCGCCCAGGACUCCUUUGACCUGUAUGGAGAGGGUCACCCACUGGGUGGCAGCGCAACCUCCUUGGAGGACCGACCCCGGGCCAUCAGCCGCUCCGGCUCCUUCAGGGACAGCACUGAUGAAGUCCAUGGCUCCUCAUUGUCCCUGGUCUCCAGCACAUCUUCACUGUACUCUGCAACGGAGGAGAAAGCUCACUCAGAGCAAAUCAGAAAGCUGCGUCGGGAGCUGGACGCCUCUCAGGAGAAGGUGGCGACCCUGACGUCUCAGCUGGCUGCCAAUGCUCACCUGGUGGCCGCCUUCGAAAAGAGCCUGAGCAACAUGACCUGCCGCCUGCAGAGCCUCACCAUGACCGCUGAACAAAAGGAGUCUGAGUUGGCUGAGUUGCGGGAGACAAUAGAGAUGCUAAAGACCCAGAACACAGACGCCCAGACGGCCAUCCAGGUGGCGCUCAACGGCCCUGACCACCUCCACAAAGGUAAUGGGUCAGCUCAAGUUUCUCUGUCGUUUCCAGACCUGCGGAUUAGACGGCAGCACUCGUCUGAAAGCAUGUCCAGCAUCAACAGCGCAGCCAGUCACUCCAGCAUGGGCAGCCUGGGCAAGGACGCCGAAGACAAGAAGAAGAAGAAGAAGAGUUGGUUACGCAGCUCCUUCAAGCAGGCGUUCAGCAAGAAGAAAACCAAAUCCCAGUCGGCCCACGACGAGAUGGAGGAGAUGACUGACUCUCUGCCAUCCUCACCCAAACUGCAGCAUGACAACAGGCAGGGCAGCAUUGCCACGCUGCGCUCCUCGCCCUCCACCACCGAGCUGUGUGAAUGCACCGAGGCGGAGGCGGAGAUCAUCCUCCAGCUGAAGAACGAGUUGAGGGAGAAGGAGCUCAAGUUGACAGACAUUCGCCUGGAGGCGCUCAGCUCCGCCCACCACCUCGACCAGAUCCGAGAGGCCAUGAACCGCAUGCAGAACGAGAUUGAGAUACUGAAAGCGGAGAACGAUCGCCUCAAGUCCAGCGGCAACGCGACGCCGACGGCCACGCCCAUCAAGACUGCCCGGCCGCCCUCGGAGACCUCCAGCACCUCCUCGUCCUCCUCGCGUCAGUCCUUGGGGCUGUCGCUCAAUAACCUCAACAUCACUGACACUAUCAUGUCAGAUAUUCUGCUCGACGACAGCUAUGAGGGCAAUCUGCGCAAAGAAGGCCGGAGCGUGCGAAUAGUGGUGACCAUCAGCAGUGGGCCAAAUACCACUAAGGGUACACACUGCCAGGAGUAUCUGAUUGGCUCCAUAGGCGUGAGUGGAAAAACCAAAUGGGACGUCCUGGAUGGGGUCAUCAGACGCCUCUUCAAGGAGUACGUGUUUCGGGUGGACCCUCUGACCAGCCUGGGUCUCAACUCAGACAGCAUUGUCUGCUACAGGAUGGGCGAGGUGGUUCGCGCCCACGCCUCCGAAGUGCCUGAGCUGCUGCCCUGCGGCUACCUGGUGGGCGACAACAACGUCAUCAAGGUCAACCUCAAAGGAGUGAAGGAGAACAGCAUAGACAGUCUGGUGUUUGACACACUCAUCCCGAAGCCCAUCAUCCAGCGGUACCUGAACCUGUUGAUGGAGCACCGUCGCAUCAUCUUGUCGGGACCCAGCGGCACAGGCAAAUCCUUCCUGGCUGCAAAGCUGGCCGAGUACAUCAUUUCCCAGAUGGGGCAGGAGGUGACCGAGCACAACGUGGCCAGCUUCAACGUGGACCAGAACUCCAGCAAGGAUCUGCGUCAGUACCUGUCCAACCUGGCAGAGCAGUGUAACUCUGAGGAGACGGACACAGAGCUCCCCACUGUGGUCAUCCUGGACAACCUCCACCAUAUCGGCUCCCUCAGUGACAUAUUCAACGGCUUCCUCAACUGCAAGUACCACAAAUGUCCGUAUGUUAUUGGGACCAUGAACCAGGGAGUUUCCUCCUCCCCUAACCUUGAGCUACACCACAACUUCAGGUGGGUGCUGUGCACCAACCACACUGAGCCGGUCAAAGGAUUCCUGGGCCGUUUCCUGCGGCGGAAGCUGAUAGAGACGGAGAUCGAUAAGAACAUGCGCAGCAAUGACCUGAUUAAGAUCAUCGACUGGAUCCCCAAGACCUGGCAACAUCUCAACGGCUUCCUGGAGGCACACAGCUCCUCUGAUGUCACCAUAGGCCCCCGUCUCUUCCUGUCCUGCCCCAUGGACGUCGAAGGCUCUCGGGUUUGGUUCACUGACCUGUGGAACUACUCUCUGGUGCCCUACCUGCUGGAGGCCGUGAGGGAAGGGCUUCAGCUGUAUGGCAAAAGAGCGGCAUGGGAAGAUCCGUCAAAGUGGGUGAACGACACGUAUCCAUGGAACGCCGCCGCGCUGCAGCAGGACGGUCAGUCGCUGCUCCAGCUGAGGCCAGAGGAUGUGGGAUACGACGGCUACAGCUCAUCCAAGGAGGGAGCCUCGUCCAAGCAAGUGUCUCAGAGCGACACUGAGGGAGACCCCCUGAUGAAUAUGCUGCUGCGGCUGCAGGAGGCAGCGAACUACUCCAGCACACAGAGCUGCGACAGCGACAGCACCAGUCACCAUGACGACCAGCUGGACUCUUCACUGGAGUCGGCACUAUGA